AUGCCUGAGGAGGACUUAGAUGCCCCGGAGUCUGCAGCCGAAGAUCCACAGAGGAGCCAGACAAUCAGUACUUCAGUCAGGCAUCAGGAGGCAGUGUUGCCACAAAGCCAGUCUAAGCUGUGUCCCAGAGGACUAAACCAGGAAGCUGUACAACAGGUGUUUGCUCAGGGAUCUCCACCUGGCUCGGCUGUUGCCAUGGAGCUGACCAAUCAGGGCAGGGAAGCCUCUCAAGGCCAUGUUGCAGCUGUAACAGAAAGGAGCGGUAGGGUGGGGGAGAGAACACAGGGUGAAAACGAGCAAAUAGGUGGAGUUGAAGGGCAGAAUAAGACCGGAGUUGAGAAUAUCAAGUCAGCUGUAAGGUCACAGAACAGAGUGCUGUUCAGGUAUCUCCAGGCAGUCCAAAAACAAGAACCUAAGGUGGACAACAGCUGCGGUAUACCUCUUAAACCUAAGGGAGACGUCAGGAUGAGGACUGACAUGCAUGAUGACAGCCAGAGCGACAGCGGCGUGUCAGCAGACUUCCAAACAUUCAGAACUCUGAGCAGCAGCAUGUCUGUAGACUCUACAGGCCCUGCCUCUGCAGAGACCCCCAUCGAGAGGGAGAUCAGACGUGCCAUAGAGCGGGAGCAGAGCCUGAGGAGAUCCAGAGGACUUCCAAACCAACGAACCUCUCCAGAGUACGUAGAAGUUCCUUUGAGAAGAAGCCUGCUUAGCCAGUCGGUAACUCCGAAGUGGUCCCAAAACAAGGAUAGGGAAUUUGCCGGCAAAAAGAUGCUGCAUGAGAUCCAUGAAGAGUCCCGAAGAGAACAAGAUCUGGUUAAGAUUGGGAAAAUUCCAGGCUUCUAUGACAAAGGAACAGCCAGCCAAAUAAAGGAGAGAAAGCAGCUCUUUGAGACCCUGAAGAUUGCUCCAGGCUCUCCAAUGAUGGCCUCACUGAAACAUAAAACCUUAUCCUCUUCGUCUAGCAGCAGUGAAGAUUUGAGUUUAUCUAUGGAGAGUCAAGAUGAAUCUGGUGCCUCCACCCCAGACCAUACCUACAGUGAGAGGAAAUCCAUGAUGUUGAAUCACUCUCAGAGCCGAAUCCCUGCCAAAGGUUCAGAUCAAACUAUUCUUCGGGGGUCAAGGUCCUCUGAGGGAACCAGAUCUCAGAUAAUCAUCCUAGAACAUAGCCGAACAAUUCCAGCAAAGAAACCCCACAAUGUUAGAGUAAAGACAACGGCCGAUCCAGCUCCUGAAACCAAAAACAUCUUCAACUCAUUGGAGAAGACAAGGGGAUAUGAUGGGCUGACAAAGAAUAAGAAGGUACUGGUGGAGAAGGAGGAGGCAGCAUCCAAGGGGAACCCCUUUUUUAAGCUUCGCACCUCAGCUAAUUUAGAAAAAGUGAGGCAGGAAAUCGAAGAGGCCAAUGAGAGGGAGAAGGAGCUCCACACCUUACGGCUCAGCCUCUAUGGGGGCAUCAACAACGCUGAAUCACCCAUAACGAAAGAAAUGCCAGCUCCUGGGAAACUGUCCAAUAGCAGAAGGGAAGCAUAUGAAGGGUGGCAGUCAGUGGACAAGGUGUCUGCUUGGCAGCCUGUCCUGAGUGAAGAGGAAAAGAUUUUCCAUCCAGAGAUGCGGAAGAGUCCCCGAACUCCAAGACAAAAGACUCCUCUAGUGCAGCUGUGGGAGUCAGGCAUGGUCUACGGCAACAACCUGGAGGACGACUGAAGAUCAGGGAGAGUUCACAGAGAUCUGCAUUUUCUUUAAUUGGGGGAGAAAUCAAAACAAAAACAAUCAGUGUAAAGGAGGGUGAAACAUGAAGCAGGAGGGAGCAACAAUGACAAAGAAGAAAGAACAUGAAGUAAAAUCAGAAAGAGGUCGUGGAUUGAGGCAAGAAAACGGGGCCAGGCGGACUGGGAGCAAGAAAAAUUGCAGUAUAUGAAAAAUGCUCUCUUUGUCUUCUGAAAAGAGGAGAGAAGAAAGACUUUUAGACAGGCCACAAUGUAGAAUGUAAGAUGUUGCCCUGCUUCUGAUGCUGCUAAGACAAGAAAAUAUCACUUAAGAAAAGAUGAAGACGAUGAAUAAUAGAAUGUAAACCAAAACAUGUAUGAGAAAGCAAUUUUUAAAUCGUGCUGAAGUUCUUUUUACUUUGAUUUUCUUAAAUAACAAUAGAAUAAUAUAUUUCAGUUUUAAAGUUAUGAUUGUGUUGUUUUAGAAUAA